AUGCUGGUUGAUGAACCAGAGGAAGAUGAAACUGAAGCAGAUGCUGAAAGAGAUCCAGGUCGUUUAUCUCCUGAAUCUGAACAGUUACUGAAGUCUCUUACUGAAAAUCUUGAAGCUGAGAAAGCAGCUGGUGAGAAAGAAGGCGAUGAUGAAGAAAAGAGCUCAUCUAAUUCAGAGGUUGAUGAAACUGAACGUUGGAAAAAGCUAAUUUCUGAUAAAGAUAAACAGAAGAAAAGAAAGAGGAGUGGAGAUGACGAUGAUGAUUUUUUCAAAGAUUUUCCAAAUAUUCCAGAGAAUAUUCCUCUUGAAGAAAUUGGAGAUUUUAGUUUUGUGAAUGAUGAGCUUGUGAAGAAGUUACAAAAGAAAGUGGAAGAUGUGUUAGUUGAGAAAAAUAAGCUAGAAAAGCGUGUCAAGACUGUUGAAGCUGAAAACUCGUCUUUGUUGAAAAAAGUUGAAGUUGAUCAAGCUGAUAUUGAUAUUCUUAAAGUUCGAGUAGCUGAGUUAGAAAAAGAAAAAGCUCGGAGAGAUGAACAAAAUGAGUACUUCAAGCUGAAAAAACAAAGAGUUGGAAGCCAACAACGCUAA